UACAUUAGAUGAACUAAUAAGAGAAUACCAAGCAUUAGAAAACUCAGAAACAACCGAAGUCAAGACCCAGUCGCCCUGACUUCACAGAACCAUGUGUGGCAUUUGCUGUUCUGUAGGCUUCUCUGUUGAGCACUUCAGUAAAGAGUUAAAAGAGGAUUUGCUGUACAAUCUUAGACGACGGGGCCCCAAUAGUAGCAAGCAGUUGCUAAAAUCUACUGUUAACUAUCAGUGUUUAUUUUCUGGUCAUGUUCUUCAUUUGAGAGGUAUUUUGACUGCCCAGCCUGUGGAAGAUGAAAGCGGCAAUGUGUUCUUAUGGAAUGGAGAAGUUUUUAACGGAGUACAGGUUGAAGCAGAAGACAAUGACACUCAAGUUAUGUUCAGUAGCCUUUCUGCCUGUAAGAAUGAAUCUGAUAUUUUGUCACUCUUCUCUAAAGUCCAAGGUCCUUGGUCUUUUAUAUAUUAUCAAGCCUCUAGCCAUUGCUUAUGGUUUGGUAGGGACUUUUUUGGCCGUCGUAGCUUGCUUUGGCAUUUUAGUAAUCUGGGCAAGACUUUCUGCCUCUCUUCAGUUGGUGCCCAGAUAUCUGGACUUACAGACCAGUGGCAAGAAGUUCCAGCAUCUGGAAUUUUCCAGAUUGAUCUCAAUUCUGCUGCUGUUUCAAGAUGUGUGACUUUAAAAUUAUAUCCUUGGAAAUACGUUUCUAAGGAGAAUGUUAUUGAAGAAUGUGUUAAUGACCCGGCUCAGACUCUAACAGAAUUGCCGUCGUUUGUGUCAGUGGUAGCAAAUGAAGACAAACUGUAUCUUUCAAAACCUGUUGCUCCCUUGAAUAAGAUGCUGCCUCAAGCUUCAUUGCAAACUCAUUGUAGAAACAGUUCCAGUGUUCCACAUACAAGAGAGACACUUGAGAUAUUUCUUAGAGAUGAACACACAAAAAAAGUAGUCCAUCAAUUUAUUGAUGUCCUGAAUGUUGCAGUCAAGAGACGCGUCUUAUGUUUAGCUAGGGAGGAAAACCUGGCAUCAGAGGAAGUUUUGAAAACUUGUAAUAACAAAGCAAACAUUGCAAUCCUCUUUUCUGGAGGCAUUGAUUCCAUGGUGAUCGCAGCCCUUGCUGAUCGUCAUAUUCCUUUAGAUGAGCCAAUUGAUCUUCUGAAUGUGGCUUUUGUGACUAAACAAAAGACUGGGUCAAGUGUUCCUACUGUAGGAAGAAAACAGCAAAACCACCAUGAGAUCUUUUCUAAAGAGUCCUCUCAGGAUGCUGCAGUGGCUGAGGGUCCUGAUGAUGCCGAGGUGCCAGACCGAGUCACAGGAAAAGCAGGACUAAAGGAACUACAGUCUGUCAACCCUUGUCGAACUUGGAAUUUUGUUGAAAUUAAUGUUCCUCUUGAAGAACUACAAAAACUAAGAAGAGCUCGAAUAUGUCACUUAGUUCAUCCCUUGGACACAGUUCUGGAUGAUAGCAUUGGCUGUGCUGUCUGGUUUGCUUCUAGAGGGAUCGGUUGGUUAGUGACUCAGGAUGCUGUGAGAGCUUACAAGAGCUGUGCAAAGCGCUUUCAAUCUCUUGGUCUAGAAGGAUUGAAUGAGGAAAUAGCAAUGGAACUGGGUCGCAUUUCUUCCAGAAACCUUGGUCGUGAUGACAGAGUUAUUGGUGACCAUGGAAAGGAAGCUAGGUUUCCUUUCCUGGAUGAGAAUGUUGUGUCUUUCCUAAAUUCCCUGCCGAUUUGGGAAAAAGCAGACCUGACUUUGCCCCGUGGGGUUGGUGAGAAGCUCAUUCUACGCCUUGCAGCUGUUGAACUUGGUCUCACAGCCUCUGCCCUUCUGCCGAAGCGGGCCAUGCAGUUUGGAUCUAGAAUUGCAAAACUGGAGAAAAUUAACGAGAAGGCAUCUGAUAAAUGUGGAAGGCUCCAAAUCCUACCUUAGAAAACCUCUCAAGAAGAUGACAUAAUGAUUCUACCAUGUAAUAACACUGUAUGACAGUCACUAAAAAUAAACAGCUGCUGCCUUA